AUGAUCCCUCUUUCUUCCGCCGGCGCCCAACCCCGGGGUCAACAUCCCCUGCGCGCCGUGAAUACUGCCUCCGGACAGCCGAAUACCUUUCAAGUCUUCGCCCAGUCGGAAGCGAAUCUGCCGACGCCCGUGUCCCAGGCGCAAUUCAGACAACAGCCGACUGUCAUCGACUUGACCAGCGGCGAAGAUGCGCAAGAGAGGGAACCACCUGCGAAACGACCACGGCUAGAUAUACCAACCGGAACGUCUAGCAGGACGGCCAGUCCGGUGCCUGGUGUUGGUGGUGUUGGUGGGGGAGAUCUGAGGAGUGCUCCCGGAGGUCCCACAACCCCGAGGCCAUCCUCGACGACCUCGUGGCGUGGCAGGCCGGUCUGGUCUUUCCAGUCCUUGGUAUCUGAGACACCGGGUGUUGGAGACGUCAAUGGGGACAAUGCAGCAGCACUCGCGCAGGGUGGGAAACCGGCGUCGCCGCCUCCUUUGCCCACUCCCCCAUGGCGAUUUGCUCUCAGACCCUCGAGUAGUAGGUCGAGAGACUACUCGCCCGUGAAAGCGGUACAGACCACGCCAUAUCGGAUUGAAACUCCUGCUGCGGCCCCAGCAUUGAAAGGCGAGAAAGUUGCGGAUUUCUCGCCAUGGACUGGAAACCACCCAGAAGAUGUCCUCAAUGAGCAAACGGCGAAGCAAGGAUACUACGAUCGUACCCAAGUUUCGCAGAACGAGUCGAAUACCGCACGUCCGUCGUUGUAUGCCCAGUUGAAGCAUCGCUCCGGAUUACAAAUGCUUUCAUCGGUCUUCGCGUCCGCCUUUGAAAAGAGACAGAGUCACAACACCGUUGUUACUUCUUCGACCUUUAAGCCUCCCCCUCGAGUUACCCUGACAGAUAAUAAACGUGAGAGUUGGCUCCGCGAUUUGGCAAACCCAGCCGUUCCGCUGCGUCGGCUCAGUCGCACCAUACCUCAUGGCAUCAGGGGCAAGGUACUUCUCGACCAGUGCUUGGGCAAAUGGAUACCUGUGGCGCGAGCAGUAUGGCUGGCAAAGUGUGUUGGUGCCAACGAAAUUCGUGCAUUCAAACGGAAAGGCACUAGUGGCCCAUUGGCGAUUGGUUUGGAAGCCAAGUGGGUUCGAGAUUGGACUGUAAAUGUGCAGCAGUUUCUCGAGAAUGUCAUUGCUGCUUGUGGAACAGCAGACUGGAAAAUGAAGAUGACUUACGCGGUUAGUCUGGUUGCCCGUCUGUUUCAUGAGAACCUGCUGGAUCACGACCACUACAUCGGAUGGUUUUUGUCUUGCCUCGAAGCGGCACCCCUUAAAAUCCUGCCGGUAUGGCUUUUGAUGCUGGGUAUAUACUGGGACAGUAUAAUGCGAUAUAGGAAACGUGGGUGUCGGCUAGCCGAGCUGUUACUUGCCAAAUUGACUCAGCUCAGCAAAUCUGAACACGCCGGAGCCCUCAAGCCGCUUAUAGAUCGUCUGUCUCUCUACGUCAAGAGGCUCGUUCGUGAAUAUACCUCUUCAGCUAUACUUCCAACCUCUUGGGCCAGUUAUCGAGAUUUUGUUUCUUCGUCCUUGGAUUUGGACGACAAGGUGGACAGGGCUAUUUUUCAGAAUAUCGCCGAACGGAACGUACGAGUACAACGACCCAUGCACUGCCAAAGCGCUGCGCACCACUCGGGGCAACAACAGCAGCAACAUAUAAUUCGCUUAUUCGAUUCUAUACGCACUGCGCACGAUAUAUCCUCAGUCUCCGUUGUUUGCCUAGACACUUUCGAAGACAGAGCGACGCUUAUAUACAAGUUGUUGGAAUGGACUGCUACUCCUUUCCGCCAUGGCCUUCGUCGUGUAUAUAUUGCUGUUCGCCUCUUACGGAAAUGGAAGAUGGCCGGCAUUGACGUGGAUUCUCAUAUCCUUGGUUUUCUCAGCGACAGCCCUAAGGCCAACGAAAAUAUGGACAUGGUCUACCACGCAAUCUCGGAGCUGGUCAGAUCCCAAACCUUCUCUGUCGGUCGAUACCUCCAGUGGCUUAUGGCCAAGGGUGUGUCAAGGGAUUCUCUGUCUGAUCACAGCGUUAUUCCAGGUGGUGUCGGACUCCUAUCGCAGCUUCCAGUGAGCCAUCUGCCGGAGCAUGUAAGCAAUCUCCGUGAUACUUUGUUGGUACGCGUUGGGAUCGCUUCAUCCGAGGAGGCUACGAUCAUCUCUCAGGUUAAGAGUUCUAUCGCUACGCGCCUUCCAAAGGUGUUUGGCGGUUUUGAGGUUGAUUCUAUUCCUGAAUCCUCUUACCAGAGCUUGACGUGGGCGGUGAAGUCUGAAAUUGGACAAUGGAUUCGUCGUGCAGUCGCUCAGCACUGUCGAGACCCGACCAAGUCGAUCUCCGGUGUGCCGUUUCUCGCCGAUUUGAAAGUAUCUUCCCUGACCCCUGACGAGUUCUACGAAAUCCGCAGCCUCCUCGAGAGCUUUGGCGACAUUUCCAUGCUUGCUGAUGUAGUCAAGCAGGCUGCCAGCAGUGACGACAACAUUGUUCUGGCCUCUGCUGCUGAUACCGUCAAUUACCACUGCGAUUCAUUCAAUGUUAUUGGUGCUGCAACGGAUCUUUUCCGGAGGCUUGUCGAUGCAUAUUCGCUUCUCAAGCGACUCGGCACGGCAGACCUAGACCUGAUCUACUCACUCAUAGAACUCGGUCUCCAGCUCCCGAAUGAGUACAACACGGUUGCCAUCCUUCGUCAAGAUCUUUCUCGGAUCGAGAACAGGUCUGCCCAAGCAGCACCAUCGCCACUUUCAGACCAUAUCCCAGACACAGUCAAUGAAACCGACUCCUCCUUCCUUGAGAAGUUGGAUCAGUUUUUGUCGUCAGGAAGUGGCAUGGACGAGCCAACGAUGGAUGCUAUUUUCGACGCGCUUGUUAAAAUACUUGACAUGGGAGAUGGGCAGACGAAGUUGUCCGCCAAUGAUGCUUGCAGGUAUCUCGCACAUUUGAGACCCUUCCAUCCAAAGCAUUUCGACACCAAGCUGGUCCGUUGGGUUUGCGGGGCCCUAAAAAUGCAUGACCGGGCCGAGUUUUUCAAGAGUCUUCCUCCACUUAUUGGAGUGGGAUGCGUGACUAUACAAGCUUUUCUAUCUCUGGUGAAGAAGCUUCUGCAGGUUAAUCCAGCUUCUAUCCCUAACGUGGAUGAACUGCAAAUAGAUCUAUUUGAGCUCCUUGCUCCUUCCGCAACACAGGAUGGAUGUCAUGAUUUGGUAACCUAUCGAUUCUACCUGGCGCAACAUGAGUUUCGAACCAAACAUCUGGAAGAGACGCUCGAAGUCAUCCGUGGUGCUGUGGCUUCGAUUGGACGAAAGGAAGGACUGUCGUCCGAUCCAACACGGAAUCACUUGGAGACAAGCAUGGUCAUCUUGCUCUGUGAUCUGCUUACGAACGAGCCGGGCAACGCAGCUCAGCAGUCUAUGCAAAAGCUCACUGACCAGCAUCCCGCGUUUCUGGUUGCUCUACAGAAUGCGCUGGACCGCCUUCUUGGUCUCGACUCACCAAGUCAAGCGAAAAACGAUCUGUCCGAGGCUGAGAGGGUGAUCAGCAUGACCAGCGACUUUUCACUUCCGUUCUGCCAACUGAAGCUCCAAAUGCUGUUUAAUGCAGCAUCUGGGGAAGAGGUCAAGAAUGGAGUUGUAGAUGUCAUGUUCAAGAUGGCGGUGGAAGAUUCUCGCUCGAAGAGGUCCAAUUGGGUUGGUCUAGUCGCCUUGAUGAAUCAGGAUGCUGUACGACAGAUUCGAGAACGCGCUGAGAAGGAGUUCUUGUCAGUUCCAAUGCUGCCGCUGGAAGCUUCUGUUGACGAGGAUGGGUCGCCUUCUGUCAACUACACAAACGCAAUUGAGACCGCAAGGAUAUAUCUGAUGAUCAUUGAAGAACUGGCGUAUAGCGUCCCGGAAUCUGGUGUACCAUCAAUCGCCUCCGUUCUCGUCGAAAAGAUGGAUCUUCUGCUCAACAAAUUCGUGAUCAUGCAAACCAAUUCCAUGAAUUUCACCGAAAACAAAAACGACACCGGUGAGGGAGGUCAGCAGAAUAUAGCUCGUUCGAACUUUGAACGAGGUCUUGCGUUCUGGUUCUCCGUCCUCUUGAGAAUGGUCGUUAUCCACCGGUCCGCAUUCACCUCGUCUACCAGACCAACCGGUCUGCAGGAACAAACUCGCAUCCUGAUCUCAAUCUUUUCCAUUGCACUUGCGCGCUUUCCGAACAGCCUCCUGCGUCUCUUCCCAACAGCGGAUUACUUCCCACACCCUCACCAACCCGAAGACUACCGACCAUGUCCGGGUAUUCUCCUCCAAACGCACGCGCUAGACGUCGCAGCCUCACUCAUCGACACCUUCCCCGACGAAGCGCGCCACCACUGCGCCCGUUUCCUCAAGGAGAAAUGCUCCCCUUUCGCACAGUUCCAGAACGACUCGCGCUUCCUCUAUCUCCUCGGUCCUUUACCUGGUUAUGGUGCUGCCGCAAAUUCCGCACAACCAGCAUCACUACCUUCACCUGCUUCGGGCUCAACACCAACGCCGUCACAAGCACAAGCCACCGCCGCUGCUGCACCAUCACCGGGUCUAUCUGUGGGAGUGUCCUCAGCAGAAGAACCGGACUGCAGUCUUCGUCUCCAGCAUCGUGGUCGGAUCGUUGGUGCAUAUCAGAUUCGUCCAUGGGAGUUGCUGGAGGAUGCUGCCCCGCUAGCGGGCAUAAAUGACACUGCGAUUAGCUUGAGAUAUUUCGAUGCCAGGCGCAUUAGGGCUUGA